UGCUGUCUUUGUGGUAAUGUUCUUGACUCCAUCCCCGGGACAGGCGGGCCAGACUCAACUCCCGAAUGAAAUCCAUGAGGACCAAAGCACCAAUGUCAAUAUUCGUGACAGCAUCAUUCUCAUCCAUGACACUAAUGUUUGGAGUGAAUGGGAUGGCAUAUUGGAUUACAACCAUGGUUAUUUGGCCGCCAAACUGUAUAGUAAGAGGGCUUGCGUGCUAACCAGGAUGGAUAAAGUUAUCUUCCCCAGUCUGGAAACACUCCGAAAAGCCCUGGAUAAACAGUUACCUAGAAAUUAUGGCUCCUCCCAAGGUCUCACCUACAUCAUUUUACCUGCUCGGGUUAAGAAUGUUGCUCAGUAUGGAAAGACUAUCAGUGAUCUGUGUAGAGAGGUUCCUACAUACUUUGCACAGCAACACAUGGAAGGCACUGCCCUGGCACUGAAUCCCCAAUCCUGCUUUAAAGCAAGAAUUUUUGCAAACACGUACAGUUUUGGCAUCUCCUUCUGUGGGGAGAUUCCAGGUCUCUGA